AUGUUGGGUUCCGGCUCGGGACGUCCUGGAUCGCUCGCUUAUCGACCAGUUUCACCAACGCAGCCCUUCCUCGGGGGCGCCGGGAGGCGCUCCUGGGGGAGGGGGUACUGUCAGGACUCGGAGUUUAUUGAAGAAAGUGAGGAGAACAAAGAAUUAAAUGAAGUUCAAGAGAAAAAUCACGUCAAAACUGGAGAAAAACAUUUGAGUUGCUCUCAAACCAAACAGAAAAAUGUAAAGAAAAGAGGAGCCAAGAAAUCUUUCACCUGCACUCAGUGUGGAAAGAGAUUUACACGCAAAUAUAAACUUGAUGUUCACUUGAGAGUUCAUACUGGAGAGAAACCAUUCACUUGUGAUCAUUGCGGGAAGUGUUUCACACAAUCAUUAAGCCUUAAGAGACAUGUGAACAUCCACACUGGAGAGAAAGAGUACAAGUGUUCACACUGUGACAAGAGAUUCAGUUGGUCAGGAAGCCUGAAGAAACACAAGUUAAUACACACUGGAGAGAAACCGCACACAUGUGAUCAGUGUGGGAAGAGUUUCAGACAAAAAGGAAACCUUGUGACACAUAUGAAAGUUCAUACAGGAGAGAAACUGUUCUUAUGUAAUCAAUGUGGAAAGAGUUUUUCACUCUUAGCAAACCUUAAGGUACACAUGAACAUCCACACUGGAGAGAAACCUUUUAAGUGUUCACACUGUGACAAGAGAUUCAGUCUAUCAGGAAACCUGAAAACGCAUGAGAGGAUCCACACUGGAGAGAAACCGUACACAUGUGAUAAGUGCGGGAAGAGUUUUGCAAGAAAAGGAAGUCUUAUGGCACAUAUGAUUGUUCAUACAGGAGAGAAACUGUACAUAUGUAAUCUUUGUGGAAAGAGUUUGAAAUGCAAAUCUAGCCUUGAAGGUCACAUGAGAGUUCAUACUGGAGAGAAACCAUACACUUGUGAUCAGUGCGGGAAGAGU